AUGGGGGUUCUGGGAGUCCUUCUGGGGGUGCUGGCUUUCCUAGGGGUUGCUCCAGGGGGCUCCCUCACCCUUCACUGGGACAGCACCUCCUGCCACUUGGUCAAGCCCAUCCCUGGUAGCCCUCUGGGCUCGCUGAGCUUCUUAGGCAAAGAUGCCCAAGGCCUGGCCCUAUUCCAGGCCCUCUGGGAUGCACGCUACAGGCUGAAGGUAUGUAUCAGGCAGGAUGAAUCUGAGCUCAUCAGAGCUUUCAGAGCCCUCUGUACUCAAGAGCCUUGGAGGGACUCCUUCAUCCAUAGCCCUGGAUCUGAGCUGCAGAAAGCACUGACCACCCUGCAGAGCCAGUGGGAGGCCUGUCAAGGGUCUGAGGACAGUCCUACAGGAGCCAGAGAGAAGCGAGCAACAGGGCAGAGUGGAACACCUGACAGAGGGCACAGUCGAAGGAGGAGAGGCUGGACCAUUCCUGGCACGCUGUGGUGUGGAGUUGGGAACUCCGCUGAGAACUCCUCAGACCUGGGUAUGUUCCAUGGCCCUGACCUCUGCUGCCGGGAACACGACCAAUGCCCACAAACCAUCUCACCCUUACAGUAUAACUAUGGCAUCCGGAACUUCCGAUUCCACACCAUCUCUCACUGCGAUUGUGAUGCCAGGUUUCAGCAAUGCCUAAGGAGCCAGCGUGACUCUAUCUCUGACAUCAUGGGCGUGGCCUUCUUCAAUGUACUGGAGAUCCCCUGCUUUGUGCUGAAGGAGCAGGAGGCCUGUGUGGCAUGGCACUGGUGGGGCGGGUGCAGGGCAUAUGGCUCGGUGCCCCUUGCUCAUCUUCAGCCCAGGACUUACUAUAAUGCCUCCUGGAAGGCUGCAGUCACCUCACCUACUCCCAGCCCCCAGAGUUCAGCUCCCAGCAAAUACCCCCAGAAGAAGCGACAACAGACACAAGCUGGGCACCAAAGUAUAACCUCCACUAUGACCCUCCAGACCCCUGAGGUUGCCUCCAGGCUUGAUAUGGUCCCUAGAGCCCAGCCAGAAGUCCCCCAUCCAGGCUAUCAAGAUGGCCCAAAACCUCAAGGUGCCCACCGAGUCUGCCGAACCCUUCAACGCCUGGACCAGUGUGAGCACCAGAUCAAGCCCCAGGAAACCAAGUUCCACCUGCUUAACAGUGCCCAGACACCUCUUUUCCAUUGUAACUGCACCCGCCGUCUGGCACAUUUCCUGAGGGUUCACAGCCCACCUGUAGGCACUAACAAGGUUUGGGAGCUCCUGGGAACUACCUGCUUCAAGCUGGCCCCCCAACUCGACUGUGCUGAAGGCAAAGGCUGUUCCAGAGACCACAGGGCCAUCAGGGUGUCAGCUCCACACUUGCAGAGGCUUCAGCAGAAACGACUCCAUUUCUGGGAUAAAAGCACAGGUGGGACUCUGGCACUGUCUUUGGGGCCUUCAGGGACCUCCAUGUCAUUCUACAGCCGGUGUCUGCAACUAACCGAAGCAAUCUGGAGACCCGGUGGGCAGAAAAAAUUCUGGAGCUCAUGA